CACAAACGACCGGCGGCGGGCCAUGAGCUCCGACAGCGGCUACGACUCGAAAACACGGAAGCAGGUCGUCUCCGAGCUCACGAUGCAGGGCCUGGUCGCGCUCGGGGCCAUCAUUACUCUUGAGCGUGUGGACUGGGAGCUCCAGCCGUACGCGUACGCGGCCGUCACCAGCGACCUCGAGACCGACCGCGCGCAGGCUAGCGGUAUCGAGGCGUGGUAUCCUCGGGUCAAGCGGGCUGAAGAAAACCGCGACCCGGCACUCGACACGGGCGGCCUGCUGCGGGCUCUUUCGGACCGCUACCUCCCCGCGCUCUUCGGCGCCGAGCUCAACACCACCACCGGCAAGGAGUGGUGGAUGGCGACGAUCGGGACCCUGCCAUGCAGCAUGCCGGCGGUGCACAACGUAGCGGGCAGGAAAGACGCGAUCCUCAAGCGCGUCGAGCUCUUCCGCACCGUGGAGCGCACUUGCAUCGUCCUCUUGCAGGACGCGGGGGCGCCCAACGGCUGCGGCACCCGCUUGGCGGCCGUGCCCGGCGGGGGGGCGGAGUCGCUCGGCGUGUGCAACGCCGAGGAGUUCCUCGCCGGCAUCGUCGAGGCCACGGGCCUCUCCGAGGAGCAAGUCUUUGGCACGUGGACCAAAGCCGCCGACCGGCCGGGCUGCGACUUCGGCGUCCUGCUCCGCCUGGCGCGGCGCAGCGGCAAGGACGUCGAGUACACCGACUUCUCCGACUCGGGCUGCUUCCCGAAGAACUCCGUCACGGUCUCCGUCGGCGAGCAGCUCUACCACCUCUUCAGCCACAUCAAGGACUUCGACGAGGCGGUCGAGUGCGUCGUCGGCUGGCGCGACCUGAACGGCUUCCUCGUGCAGGAGGUGCUGUCCUUCACCAAGCGCGACUUUGAGUCGCCGCCUUCGCACCAGGGCAAGGUUGGCUCGCGCGACGCGAAUGGCUGCGUCGAGUACCUCAAGCUGCCGCUGCCCGGCCUGUGCGCCCGCCUCUUUUGGCAGAUCAAGAAGGCGGGCGCGCCGCCUGUCGCGCCCGAGCAGCUCAGCCGAGACCCACGGGCCGUCGGCGCGUCCUCCCUCUGGAAGACGGUGCACUCUGUCAGCUUGGCGAUCCCGCGGCUCCUUUGCCCGCCCGACCAGAUCUGCGGCACCGGCGCCAACGGCCUCGGCUGGGCGUGCAAGCCGUUCGGCUCCGGCACCAUCUUCUCGUUUACACCCUCGCGAGCCACCUUCCUCGGGCUCGUCGUGGAGCGGAUCCUCGGCGACGCGCUCGUCGAGGGUGUCGUCGGCACGAUCAUGCCCUACCUGGUCGCCGAGCCCUCCUCCCUCCGCUCCGGCGUCGCCGCCCUGCUCGACUCGCCGCUGCUGCACGAGGGCACGGCGCUUGCCGACUUCCUGGUUCAUGGAUCGUGGGAGAACAACUCGCAGUCCGCGGACAACUUUGUCUCAGGCGUGCGGCGCCACUUCAAGCCCAUCCUCGACUCCGCCCUCGCCGAGAACCUGCUCGCGCUCGUACACAGCGCCGCGCCGGGCGUCGAGUCUCUCGUCCACCCGGACGUGCGGGCGACCGAGGCCCUCCUCUCCUUUUCUUGGAUGGGGCAGGGCGUCGGGCUGGAGCACCACCUCGCAUGGCACGCCACGCCUCUGGCGCUCAAGCGCGACGAGCUGAAAUCGUUUGUGCGCUCCAACGCCGGCGCUCUCGCCCCGCUCCUCGACGGCAAGCUGGUGAACGAUUGGAUCACCGGCCUCGGCUUCCGCGAGGCGCGCAGUGCGGUUGUCGCCCACGCCAAGGCCCAUCCUCUCUCGUUGCAGCUGCCCGAUGUGCCGGCGGCUCGGUCGUUGCCGCGGUCGGCGGCACGGUGCGGCUCGAGCUCGCGCGCGCCGCCGCCUCGUGCGUCGGACGGCCAGACUGGCCGCCGCGCGGGCAGCAAGCAGGCGGCCAAGCGGCCGCUCAACUCCUCCCCCCCCCGAAAGGGCGGCGGUGAGUCCGAUUUUGAGCAGGCAACCUGAGGUGCUUGCCACCAGGUGCACCUGUCAUGUCGCAGUACAGUUGCAUGUCACUACAGAUUCGCCGAGAUUUGAACUCUCACUGACUCUCUCUUUUCAGUGUCGGCGCAUGUGAGGCGCAUGUCCCUGAGUCUCUCGCUUCGUGAGCGGUGUCCGUCCGGUGUGCGGUGAGCAGAGCGUAUCCAAUGUCUGUGUCCUUGAGUGUGACGCCCGUUUCUUGUCGCCUUAUUACUGCUGCUGCUGC